GGAGAUAUUUUAUGUUCCUUAGCCUGCCUGGGACCCUGUAGGUUUUUACUACCCCUACCCGAUGUGUUUUACUUCUUGAGUGGCUCGCAUGCGCAUAUUUACUUGUUCAGCAACAUGGCGCAAGAGAAGAAGAAGAAGGAGAGUAUUUUGGAUUUAUCCAAAUACAUUGACAAACCAACAAGGGUGAAAUUCCAGGGUGGGCGUGAAGUUACUGGAAUUCUCAAGGGGUUUGAUCCUUUGUUAAACCUUGUGUUGGAUGGAACAUCAGAAUAUCUAAGAGAUCCUGAUGAUCCCUAUAAGCUGACUGAAGACACUCGUGAUAUCGGUCUUGUCGUGUGCAGAGGAACGUCCGUCGUUCUCAUUUGUCCGGCCGAUGGAAUGGAACAGAUAGCGAACCCCUUCGUUCAACAAGAGGGUUGACACAUCUUGACCUGCUCGCCGACACCUAUGAACUUAUGGUUAUGUACUGGAGGACCAUUUUUAGAGAGUGAACAUAUUAGGCUCUGUAACACACAUUUCUGUGUGAAUAGCUCAGAAGCUUGGGCUAAGCUUGGGCCAAGCUUGUGCAAAGCUUGGGCUAAACUUGGGCUGAGCUUUGGGCUAAGCUUGGGCUAAUCUUGGGCUGAGCUUUGGCUGAGUAGAACUCACUGAUAUACAUUGUUCAGAACUAGGGCAAGAACAAGCAUGGAUGCAGUGGGCGACACGGAGCUGUUGUAAAUUAUAAUGUAAAUACAUUUCUAUCAUGGGAAGUUGAUCUUAGGUAGUGUUUAGUGGUAGAAUUGUUUAUGUGGUACUUUGCUUGUUGCUUUUUUUAUUGAUUUGACUUGAGAAGAAUA